GUGCGUCGCCCUUAGGGGCUCUCCCAGGGCUGUCGGUGCCCCGAGAGGCCUUGCCAUGGGUGGCGGCGCACCUAGGGGCCCUGCCAUGGGUGGUGGCGCACCCAGGGGCUUUACCAGGUGCGUCACCCUUAGGGGCUCUCCCAGGGCUGUCGGUGCCCCGAGGGGCCUUGCCAUGGGUGGCGGCGCACCCAGGGGCCCUGCCAUGGGUGGUGGCGCACCCAGGGGCUUUACCAGGUGCCGUGGCGCCCAGAGGGUCUCUCCUAGGGGCACCGGUGCCCCCAGGACACCUCUCAGGUGUGGUGGCGCCCUCAGGGGCCCGCCAAGGAAGAAUGUCACCCCCAGGGGCCCGCCAAGGGGUGCGUCGCCCUUAGGGGCUCUCCCGGGGCUGUCGGUGCCCCGAGGGGCCUUGCCAUGUGUGGCGGCGCACCCAGGGGCCCUGCCAUGGGUGGUGGCGCACCCAGGGGCUUUACCAGGUGCGGUGGCGCCCACAGGGUCUCUCCUAGGGGCACCGGUGCCCCCAGGACACCUCUCAGGUGCGUCGCCCUUAGGGGCUCUCCCAGGGCUGUCGGUGCCCGGAGGGGCCUUGCCAUGGGUGGCGGCGCACCCAGGGGCCCUGCCAUGGGUGGUGGCGCACCCAGGGCCUUUACCAGGUGCGGUGGCGCCCACAGGGUCUCUCCUAGGGGCACCGGUGCCCCCAGGACACCUCUCAGGUGCGUCACCCUUAGGGGCUCUCCCAGGGCUGUCGGUGCCCCGAGGGGCCUUGCCAUGGGUGGCGGCGCACCCAGGGGCCCUGCCAUGGGUGGUGGCGCACCCAGGGGCUUUACCAGGUGCCGUGGCGCCCAGAGGGUCUCUCCUAGGGGCACCGGUGCCCCCAGGACACCUCUCAGGUGCGUCGCCCUUAGGGGCUCUCCCGGGGCUGUCGGUGCCCCGAGGGGCCUUGCCAUGUGUGGCGGCGCACCCAGGGGCCCUGCCAUGGGUGGUGGCGCACCCAGGGGCUUUACCAGGUGCGGUGGCGCCCACAGGGUCUCUCCUAGGGGCACCGGUGCCCCCAGGACACCUCUCAGGUAUGGUGGCGCCCUCAAGGGCCCGCCAAGGGGGAACGUCACCCCCAGGGGCCCGGUGCGUCGCCCUUAGGGGCUCUCCCGGGGCUGUCGGUGCCCCGAGGGGCCUUGCCAUGGGUGGCGGCGCACCCAGGAGCCCUGCCAUGGGUGGUGGUGCACCCAGGGGCUUUACCAGGUGCGUCGCCCUUAGGGGCUCUCCCAGGGCUGUCGGUGCCCCGAGGGGCCUUGCCAUGGGUGGCGGCGCACCUAGGGGCCCUGCCAUGGGUGGUGGCGCACCCAGGGGCUUUACCAGGUGCGUCGCCCUUAGGGGCUCUCCUGGGGCUGUCGGUGCCCCGAGGGGCCUUGCCAUGGGUGGCGGCGCACCCAGGAGCCCUGCCAUGGGUGGUGGUGCACCCAGGGGCUUUACCAGGUGCGUCACCCUUAGGGGCUCUCCCAGGGCUGUCGGUGCCCCGAGGGGCCUUGCCAUGGGUGGCGGCGCACCCAGGGGCCCUGCCAUGGGUGGUGGCGCACCCAGGGGCUUUACCAGGUGCCGUGGCGCCCAGAGGGUCUCUCCUAGGGGCACCGGUGCCCCCAGGACACCUCUCAGGUGCGUCGCCCUUAGGGGUCUCCAAAAGGUGUCAGUGCCCCCAGGGGCCCUGCCAAGGGUGGCGACACCCAGGAGCUCUGGGUGGUGGUGCACCCAGGGGCUUCCACCAGGUGCAGUGGCACCAACAGAGAUCUCUCCUUGGGGCACCGGUGCCCCAGAAACACUCUCAGGUGUGGUGGCGCCCCCAGGGCCCGCCAAGGAGAACGUCACCCCAGGGGCCCGCCAAGAGGGACCGUCGCCCACAGAGACACCAAGGUGUGCGUCGCCCCAAGGGCUCUUCUUGGGAAGCGAUGCCCCCAGGGGCUCUCCUCAGGGUCAGCGGUGCCCUCAGGGGAUCUUCCAGAAGCAGUGGGGCCCCAAGGGCCGGCUAGACCCUUAG